GGAAAGACAGAAAGCAAGAGAGGGGAGAGGAAGGGAGGAGAGAGGGAGGGAGGGGAGGAGAGAGAGAGAGGGGGAGGAGAAAGCGAGAGAGGGAGGAGGGAGAGAGAGAGAGAGGAAGGAGGAGGAGGUAUUGGUAGGGUCGUCUGCCAAGAAGCGGUACAGCAGUCGUUUCCGAGGCUCCAGGAUCCGGCUGCGUGGAGUGAGAGGGCGGAGAGCCGGCCGGGCGAGCUGCCCAGAGUCAGCGGGGGCCCGGAGACAGCGAGCGGUGAAGGAAAGUUAACGCGCCGCCGACUCUUCCCCGAAGCCCGAGGAUCUGUGACCGGGGGGACCCACGCUCCCAGCCCGGCAGCAGCGACUGGAGCCCGGACCCAGGACCAGGGCCAUCCUCCCCGCCCCGACAGCUGCAGGAACUCCGGCCGGACGACUAACGGCAGCUUGUUGUCUUUGGCACGUUGGUCGAUGGCCCACCCGGUUGGGCGCAGUGUUUCAUUGACUCUUUAAGUUCCUCGGAUUUUCCCCGCAAGAAAACGGAUCUCAGCGUGGCAAAUGGUGACGUGCACGCACUACGAUAAUAAAGUCACUUUUCGAACUUUGAAAUUUGUGGGAGGAAAGCGGAGCACCCAAGGGAAGGGCAGGCAGUCACAUGGAGAAUGUGCAGACUCCACGAUGGCAGAGUCAGAGGCUUCCCCACUGACGUGAUCGCGCGCACCAAGGCAGAGAUCAAAGUUCAAAGUCAACAGCCUGAGAAGUAGAUCACCAACCUUCAGAAUGACUUCUAACUGCGAGAGAGAUUUGUCAUCCCUCUAAGUACGCCACUUCUUCCAUGAGAAAUCAAUGGAAACAGAAAUUAAAGGGAGUCUUGCCAGAGACUUUGGAAUUAUUGAUGCCUACUCCACUGUAAGCAGUGCUCAAUGUCUCCGCUCUUUCUCUUCCGUGGAAUAGGAAAAGCAGCAGGGUUUCACACUGCCGUGUCGUUGCCAUCGUCCCAGCUUUGACAAGACCAUGAGAAGGGCCUGGACUGGCCAGUUCACAGCAACGAGGUUCCCCAGAUCCGCCGGAUAACGGGGGGGUCUGCUCCCGAUCCCUCGCCCAGCCGCUAAACCCUCCCACCAGGAACACCAAGCCCAGCACGAAACCUGACGGAGCGAAGGGUGGAUGACUUCCAGCCCGGUCCGAGUCCGGGGUUGGUGGCGGAACAGUUUGGAUCUCGUUCGCUGGCUCGCGGCUUGCCCGAAGUCCCGGAAGAAUUAUACCAGAAUUCAGAUCCAACAAGGUGCCUCCUCUCCCAAGUGGAAGAUCACGGACUCACCAGCUGAGGACCAAAGGUUGGGAUUUGCCCGGCAAGGCCCACCUCUCUCAGUCCAGGCUUUUGGAAGGCCUGGAGAGAACAGUGCUGUUGCCCCUUGUUAGAGCUAGGGGUAGCCUCCAAGUUGACUUUCCACCGGGAUUCCAGCCCCACCUCCCUGCCCUCGCCAUCUGCCCGCCCGUCGUUUGUGUGAUGCUGUGCCGAGAUGUCGGGCGACGGGGAGGAAGAGCUGUGCCGCAAUGCACUGGCGCUGGUCAAUGAGCUCUGCUUCAGCGUCCGGGGCAAUCACAACAACGAGAAGUGCAUCGAGUUCUCCUACCUCCUCCGGGACCGGGACCGCACACGCCACAUCGAGACAGAUAUCUCGGUCAGCCUGCUCUCCGUGAUUGUCACCUUCUGCGGCAUCGUGCUUCUCGGGGUCUCUCUCUUUGUCUCCUGGAAGCUGUGCUGGAUCCCAUGGCGGGACAGAGGCCUGAACCCUCAGCGCCAGAACUCUCACCACCAUCCCCACCACCACCUCCAUCACCACCACUCACACUUCACGGACCUCGCUGUCGACAGGGUGGACAGUGGGUCUGAGAUGCCCGAGAGGUCCUACCUCGACCUGGAGUCCUACCCAGAGUCCGGUGUCAAGCUGAGCCAGACCUCUCCGGAUAUCCCGGUGGACACCAACUCAGGGAGUAAGGAGAACAGCAUCCCGAAUGCGCACUCCCAGCAGCAAGUCUCCGCACCUCCUCCGGCAACAAGAUUUAACUCACUCCCAAGACCAAUCCCACAGCAGUUAAGCAGCCCAGACUUUGGGACUCAAGCUGACGAGAAGGUGGAGCAAGUAACCAGCAUUGGGCAGAUCAAGCCUGAGUUGUACAAACAGCGGUCGAUCGACGCGGAGGCCAAGAAACACCAGAAGGGCAACUGUGGCCGGAUCAACUUCCUGCUGCGCUACACCUACGCGAGUGAGCAGCUGAUCGUUAAGAUCCUGAAGGCCCUUGACCUCCCCGCCAAAGACGCCAACGGAUUCUCCGACCCCUACGUGAAGAUCUACCUACUGCCUGACCGCAAGAAGAAGUUCCAGACCAAGGUCCAUCGCAAGACACUCAACCCGAUCUUCAACGAGACCUUCCACUUCAACGUGUCCUUCAACGAGCUCCAGAAUCGCAAGCUGCACUUUAGCAUCUAUGACUUUGACCGCUUCUCUCGGCAUGACCUCAUUGGGCAGGUGGUGCUGGACAACCUCCUGGAGCUCUCCGACCUCUCUGAAGGCACGACCAUGUGGCGAGACAUUCUGGAAGGCACCUCGGAGAAGGCCGACUUGGGUGAGAUCAACUUCUCUCUGUGCUACCUGCCAACAGCCGGGCGACUCACCAUCACCAUCAUCAAAGCCACCAACCUCAAGGCAAUGGAUUUAACCGGAUUUUCAGAUCCCUACGUGAAAGCCUCGCUGAUAUGCGAAGGGAGGCGGCUGAAGAAGCGGAAGACAUCGAUAAAGAAGAACACACUGAACCCGGUGUACAAUGAGGCGCUGGUCUUCGACAUUCCCAAUGAGAACAUGGAUCACGUCAACGUAAUCAUCGCCGUCAUGGACUACGACUGCAUUGGACACAAUGAGGUGAUCGGGAUGUGCCGCGUAGGGAAUGCCGCUGAUGGACCAGGCCGGGAGCACUGGAAUGAAAUGCUGGUAAAUCCACGCAAGCCCAUUGAGCAAUGGCACCAGCUGGUCGAGGAAAAGGUGCUGAACAGUUACCUGACAAAGGGUUAUGCCACAGGCUCGGGCGCCGCCAAGCCAGUGACUAUCGUAGUGGAGACUCCUCAUUCAGACUGAGAAUCCCACUCCACAUUGCAGAAUGGACAUGAGAAGACAACAGUGCUAUUUUUUCUUUUCUUCAGUUUGUAAAUCCUUCACCACGAAAGAGAAAGAGAGAGGGAGAAUGGGAAAAGAAGGGGAAGAGGGAUUGAAGCCAUUCGCCCCCCCCCCUCCCCCACCACCACCGUAGCCUGCUGAGACACUGAUGGCUUGGUCGAGCGAGCAAGAUGAGAGGUGGACGUUGAAGGCGAGGCUCGCAGGUUCAUGCCGCUUGCGUCAGCGCACUUGCGGGGAGCCUCGGCCUGGGCUGCGGCCCUUCCACUGUAGACUCAGGAGGGGCAUCUAGCCAGAGCCAAGUGGAAGGUUUCCAGAGACAUAUUGGCGGAAACGAUUCUGAGCAGCAAAGAGAAAUUCCAUUUCAAACGCAUGUUUCACCAUGUCGUGGAUGUGUGUGCCUUGGAUGCAUUAUAUGUCGGUGGGAAACUAUUGCCUCCACCCAACCCUAUUCCCACUGAGUCAACUUUUCCUGAAAGUUCCCGCCUGCUGGAGAAGGCCCCUGGACUUGCAUCUCAACUCCGAUUUUUGGAGGACCUCUCUUUGACUCAGAACAGAUUUGCUUUACGGUUAGCACCCGGUUUCAGAUCUAGAGGUGGGAGGAAUUGGGAGGGAUGUAAGCUUACCAUGUACCACCCUUGAGUCAACUGGCGGUCAGGAGAACCAGUGAUUUCACAUUUACCUGCCGACUUUUUGCUCUCAAUUGAAGCCUCAGGUGAGUGCUUCUGGGAAAGGAGGGGUUUAAGAGCAAUGAUCCACCUCAUAACGUGUCAUUUCCCAUCCAAAAAGAGAGAUUAAACUUACUGUUGAUUCUACACAGGGGCAAGGAUGGAGAGCUACCUCCCCUUGCUCAAUGCCCUUAGUCUCUUGGUCAGAGCCUUUGGGAUGAAUGUUGAUGUUUAAGAAGGCUGUCCAGUUGAUUCUUGGGACCAGGUAAACAAUGUUUUGUAAAUAUGGCAGUGUUUCUGUGUUUCCCAUCCUUGGGGAGGUUUGUUGACUUUCGUGGAUGGUUGCCAAUGGAUGCAAUUCUCAAGGGUCCACUUCAUGCAUCUGGACAGAUGUACACCUCCUGGACAGAACCUUCUUUCUCCUAAACCCAAACCUGGACUGGGUUGCCUCAUGCAAGUCGUCACUAGAUCUUCACCUGGCUCUGAUAUCGAAAGCUCACAUCCAAUGGGAUGAAACGUUCCCCUCUCUCGUCCCACCCUUUGCGUCCGUGGUGACGGGGCAAUAGUCUCUCAGUCCCUCAUUUCUCUUCCUCCGGUUUGGUUGUGAAAUUGGACAUAGAAGUCGGAAUGUCUGACUCCAAAACCUAGUCCCAAGCUGAACCUCCUUUGCCCUGUGGAACAGAGACAUCCUGGGGCCAAUGAGUAGUAUGGGAACAUUCAGGAGAAAAUGGGAAUCAGUAACUCACCCAAUGCAUUGCAAAAUAGCUUCCGGAAUAGCCCAAUCAAGGACUCAGCUGUGUAAUCCAGAGACGAACCAAACAGCUACCUGCAGGCCAGUUCUGGUUCAGCUAUCAAUAUGUUUAGCCCUGAGACAGGAGGUUGUGCAUUCAUGCCUCACACUUAUGACAAUUCUGAAUGAUGUCUGUGUGGGGAUGGAUAACUCACCCUGUCACCUCUAUCAUUCUCCGUCAUGCACAGAGAUUAUAAAUCCAGCUGCAGCUGACCCCUUUAUCCUCUAAUUGGCAGCAGUGGGGCAGACUACUGUCACUAAUAAUCUUUUGCCUCUUAAACUCGGGACCAUUGACGCUGAUGGGAUAAACGCUGGAAACACAGCACUGGCACAAGGAAGAGUUCUUCCUUUCCCUCUGGAAUAUGGGGUUGGAAAUGGGGGAGGUCAGGGUUCUUCCCAUUUCUUUCCCAAAAAAUGCUGUAGAUGUUUUCAGGGGUUCAAGGUUUUUGUGUUACCUGGGAGUCUUGGUUUUGGUUACAAAAGUUGUUGAGGCUAGAUGAGCUCAUACUGAAGGAGUUUCAGACAGCUGAGUGGCCAGUUCCUGCUUCCAGUCCUCAUUUUACCCUGAAGGUAGAGGUCUGUUAGUUCAGACGGGAAGGACCUUCCCAUUUCGAGCACGGGCACCGGGAAUGCCCUCAGGAAUUCUCAGCUGAAGUCCCACCGUAAAACGUGAAAUGCCCUCAGCAAAGUUCCUGUCCUCACCCUGUGCUGUUCGGUGAAUGGAAACGGUCAAUGGUUUGAGUUCAGGAUGUCCCUUACACAGUGGGUGGUGGGUGUGGGGAGCAAUCUGCCAGGGGCAGUGGUGGAGGCAGAUGCAACGGCAUUUAAGAGGCUGUUAGACACUUGAAGAGAGGGAAUGGAGGGAUAUGGAUCAUGGUGCAAGCAGAAGAAAUUCAGUUUAAUUUGGCAUUGUGUUUAGCACCAAAAUUGCGGGCUGAAGGGUCUGUUACAGUACUAUAUUGUUCUAUGUUUUGUGUUCUAAGAUACAUGGACAAGGGAUCAUCAGUCAAUUAUAUUUAUCUGGACUUCCAGAAAACAGGCAUUAAAAUUCCACACGGAAAGUUUAACAAAAGUGAGAGUCCAUGGAAUUGGAGCCGAACUAUUUGGUUAAGAUGUUGGGAAAAAGCAGUUUGGGAUAAACAGAAUGAAUCGAGACUCCAGAGAUCGCAGAUGUGGGAAUCUGGAGCAAAAAAAAAACACAAAACUGCUGGAGAAGCUCAGCAGGUCAGGCAGCAUCUGUGCAGGAACAUGGACAGUGUAUGCAUAUUAAUAAUUUCUUUAUUUAUAGAGCACUUUUCAGACACAGUGUAGUUCAAGGAGCUUCACGGUGGCAUACGAGUGCAAAAUUAAAAAAAAAUGAAAAUAAAAGACAAAAAUAUGUUCAUUAAAAGUCGGUUAAGUAGAUAGGAUUUGAGCUGGUGUUUAGAAGUGUCCAUCGAGUCCGCAUCCUUUAUAGUUUGGGUGUCGAAUUCCACAGUUUAGGACCGUAGUUCAAAAAAGCUGACCUGCCAAUUAUCUUUUGAGGGAAAUUGUUUAAAUUUAAGAGAUCGGUGGAAGACUUGCCUGUCCUCCACCUAUCUUUGCAUCAUCUAUAAAUAACCAUCAAUUCCAUCAUCCAAAUCAUUGACAUAUAACAUGAAAAUUGACCCAACACUGACCCCUAGAACACCACUUUUGCUGGCAGCCAAUCAGAAAAAGUUCAUUUUAUUCCAACUCUUUGCCUCCCUCCUGCUAGUCUUCUGCCCUUCCUAGUAUUAUGUAGUACAAUGGUUUCUAUCUCACUCCACAGAUACUGCCUGAUCUGCUGAGUUCCUCCGACAGUUUGUUGUAAUACACAAGAAUGAAUUGCAUUGGCAGGAUGUAACUGUGGCUUAUCCAGGGAUCUUCGCUGAAGCCUUAGACAUAUGAGCAGGCCUGUUUCAAAGAACCAAAUGUGAGUGUCAGCUUGCUGAUGGUGGUUUGGUGGGAUCAGAAAGUGACUAGGGGACACCGUAGGGUUAGGGGCAUGCAGACAGGCAAUGGCUCAGUGUGAGGAAGUGUGCAGUAUGGAAGUUAGACCAAAGCAUUCGUCAAACGUUGAGAAACUGGGGAACUUGGACGAGCGGGGAACAUAGGGGAUAAGUGCAGAAGUCACUGAAACCUGUGAGAAGGAUACAGACCAUUGUGGUAAGGUUGAGGGAGUGUGAUAUGCCUAGCUGCCAGCCACUGAGACGAGAUGGGUUGUUUUAUAUCCACAGGCUGCACAGCCGAGACUUUCAUUCUCUCAAAAAUGGAAGAUCGAGGGAUGAUCUGAUUAGCUUCUUUAAUAGGAUUAAAGGAUUUGAUGAGGUAGAUGGAGAGACAGCAAUUCCAUAACAUCAGGGCCUAACCUUAUAAUAAUAUCUGCCAGCCUGCUCGGAACCAGUACUGGACAAGACCAAGGACCUCCAAAUCCCUCAGCUGCCCAGGGGUCAAUACCAAAUAGCCCUGCCAAGGACUUUAGCUGGCAAAGUAAAGGGCUAGAGCUAAAAUAAAGGUCGCCCGUGAUCUAGUGGAAUGUUGGCUAAGUUUCAAGAGGCUGAGUGGUCUCCUGUGGGAAGGUAUUGAAUGGUUUAGAAGGAACACCACUGGAACCCUCUAACACAGAGAUCAGCGGUUUUCCAGUCACUGAGAACAUUUAACAUCAAGACCCUGCAAAAGUCUAGUCUCAUUGCCUUAUGUUUCAUCCAUAUCUUUUCCUACCCACGCACCUGUCUAAAUGUCUCUUAAAUGUUAUAAAUGUCCAUCUCUCCCACUUUCAGUGUCUACUCUAACAUUAUGAGAGACAUAGAUAGAGUGGACAGGGAGUAUCUGACUUCCAGGGUUGAAAUGUCUAGUAUCAGAGGGCAUUGAAGGUGAGCGGGGGAUGUGAGGGGUAAUUUUUUUUUACUCGGAAAGUGGUGGAUGUCUGAAAUGCACUCCCUGGUAUGGUGGUAGAGGCAAACACAUUAGAGGCUUUUAAGGAAUGUUUGGAUGAGCACAUGGAUGUGAGGAAGAUGGAGGGAGAUGGUGUCGGUAGGAGCGUUUGUGUUUGGGUGUUUUUAAUUUGCUUUUUAACUGGUUUGGCCCAACAUUCUGGAUCGAGUGGCCUGUCCUGCACUGUAAUGAUUUAUGUUCUACGUACCCCCCACUCCCUAAGUUCAAGGUGAGAGGGGAAAAAGAUUUUUAAAUGUUUUAAAUAUUUCUUUCUCACCUUAAACCUACACCCCCUAGUUUUAGACUCCCCUACCCUGAGAGGAACAAUAUCACUAUUCACUUUAUCUAUGCUCCCUGUGAUUUUAUAAACCUCAGCAAGGCCACUCCUCAGUCUCCUGUACAGCAGGUAAAGCGGAACAGAGAAUAUAUACAGCACAGUAGAAGCCCUUUGGCCCACGAUGCUCUGGCAACUCUUUCAUCUACUUCUAGAUCAAUCCCAACCCUACCCUCCUGCAUAGCCCUCCCUCUUAGCUUAUUUAAGAGUUUAUUAAAUGCCCCUAAUUAAUCUGUCUCUACCACCAAUGUUGGCAUUGUGUCCCAUGGAUCUGUAAGACCAUAAGACAUAGGAGCAGAAUCAGGCCAUUUGGCCCAUCAAGUCUACUUUGUCAUUCCAUCAUGGCUGAUUUACUAUCCCUCUCAACCCCAUUCUCCUCCCUUCUCCCUGUAACCUUUGAUUCCCUGACUAAUCAACAACCAAGCAACCUCCACUUUAAAUAUACCCAAUGACUUGCCCUCCAAAGCCAUCUUUGGCAAUGAAUUCCACGGGUUCACUACCUUAUGACUAAAGAAAUUCCUCCUCUCCUCAUCUCUGUUCUAAAUGGAUGUCCCUCUAUUCUGAGGCUAUACAGUCUGGUCCCAGAUUCCCCAACUCAAGGAAACAUCCUCUCUACAUCUAAUCUAGGCCUUUCAAUAUUUGAUAGCUUUCAAUGAGAUCUUCCCCUCAUUCUUCUAAACUUGUCAAAAGCCUGCUGAAAAUCCAAGAACAUCCACUGACUCUCCAUUUUCCAUCCUGCCUGUUAUUUCCUCAAAAAAUUCCAACAGAUUUGUCAGGCAAGAUUUGCCCCAUAAGGAAACCAUGCCUAAUUUAUUAUGUGCCUGUAGGUACCCUGAAACCUUAUCCUUGAUAAUGAACUCCAACACCUUCUCAACCACUGAAGUCAGGGCAACUUCCCUGUAAUUUCCUUUUUCUGCCUGCCUCCCUUCUUAAAGAGUGGAGUGACAUUUUGAGUGACACACACAAAAUGCUGGAGGGACUCAGCAGGCCAGGCAGCAUCUAUGGGGAAAAAGGCAGACGA